GCAUAACACAACACAAUUAUACACCCCUGAUCCAGAUGUGCAAAAAUGACGCUGAGAAAUGGAAAGCGGCAAACCUUUCAUGGUUAGGUAAAAUUAACGCUUUUAAGAUGAUGACUCUCCCUAGCCUGUUAUGCAUAUUUCACAUGUUACCAGUUGCAAUACCACUCUCAUGGUGUAAAACCUUACAAACAGUCUGUCACUCCUUCAUAUGGGGCGGCAAGAGACCAAGACUCCCACUCACCGUAUUACAAAAACCUCCAGCUCCGGGAGGAGUAGGUCUACCAAACAUCCGACUAUACCUCAAAGCUUCGAUAUUAACUACGGGCAUUACUCUACACACACAGAAAGGGCAGAUACAAUGGAUAGACCUAGAAGGGAAACAUCUUAAGAAUCAAUCCAUAACUGAAUAUAUGUGGACGCCCAAACACCUGCGCCCCCCAGAAAAGGACAUGCUCCCUACUACACAACUUACACUACAUGUAUGGGACGAGUUCAUGCACAAACUUGACUAUGGAAAAAAGAUUCAUCCCAAAGCACCAAUAUCGGUGCUUGAACAGAUAUCCCCAAUUGGCUCGCUGGUGAGAUGGAGGAUGUAG